AAAGAGAGAGAAAGAGAGAGAGAAAGAGAGACACAGGUAGGAGACGAACUUGUGGUAUGAGGUAGCCACCAGUCAACAGCGGAGACGGAGACGGAGACGGAGACGGAGACGGAGAGUCCGAGGUAGCCCGUGUCCGUGUCCGUGUCUGUAGCUGUAGCUGCCCGUGGCUCUCGUUGUAACUCGUUGUAACGUGACGCGAAGGUGUGCCAAGCUCUUUCGGUUGCCUGUUACUUCGUCCGAAGACGCCCGAUCGCACGUCUACCAUAGUGUCGCGUAUCGAAAGUGUCGGCAGUGGUGUUGUGUGAUCUGUCUGCUUGUCUAUCUAUCCUCGUGUCGAGCCGAAAAAAAAACUGCACCAGUCGAGCCGUACAUCAUCGCGGAAAACUGUCAAGAGUGUCGUGUGCUCCAGACGCUGGCUUCUAGGAACGCGAACGCUCAAACGAACAGACAAUCAUCGCAAUCAUCGAGCUGUACGCGAAACAUAAGGCACGCAAGCAUCGAUCGUUCUUCGAUCGUUUCUUCGAUGUUUGAACUCAAGCUGUUGUGGUCGAUAGACGUCCAAUAGAGAUACAGUUUAUCCGGGAAAUAGUCGCAAAGACUAGUUCCUAGAAAAGCCACAGCGGAUUGUUUCCAGAAUGCCGCAAGCUUUCGCGACCAUCCAAAGACUGCGAGUCGCAUCACGAGCGUGCGACAGAUUAACUAGCUGAGAAUGUCGGAGCAAAACGGGCCCAGCGAGGGCCCAGGUCCAGGCCCAGGCCCAGGGCCUGGUUCUGGCUGGUGGCCAGCCUCGCAAUCCUGGAAAACGAAUUCCUGCACCGCCGCCUCCUCAUCCACUAGUUCAACCGUUCCAGACAGCUCCGCCUCCGUCUCUGCUUCCUGCACCACCACUACCUCCUCCCUGGCGACCACCACAUCGGCCACUUCCUCGACUAGCUGCUGUUCCUCGACCCAUGGCAAUGGACCAUCUGGAACGAUCACUGCAGUCCGCUCUUCCGAAACAGGAAAGAAUGUCUCUGUCACGACGAUUAACGUACCUCCUAAUCAGGAUAUGCACGAUGGCAAAGGUAUAUGCAAGUAUCUUACCGGUCAAAACGGCGUGACAGUAUCUGUAGUGUCAAGCUGUGGCUCCGUACUAGGGUGUGGAAAUGCGAAUGUCGCGUCAACCACGGGUAUUGGCACCAGUACUGGGACGCAGAGUAUUGGAAUUGGAGUCAACGUCCUCAGCCAGAAUACGGCGGAUGACAAUGCGGAGGACAGUGACGUCGAGAUAAGCAAAAUCGACUUUCGGGGGGUGAAUUUACGUACGAAAAAGAAACGAGAUGUAUCGGGUAGCCAGAGUGGAGAGAAAAUCGGUGAUGGAGAGGUCGAAGAUGGGAACGGCUGUUAUGAUGGGAAUGACGCGUCUCAACAACAACCCGAGAGGCCCAUGUCGUGGGAAGGAGAACUUUCUGACCAAGAAAUGUCUUCCAAUACAAUUACAAAUCAAGAUACUCACGAAGAUACAUCAAUGGAGGGUGUUCAAGUGUGUGGCCCGAGUCCGGGACCAAUGGAGCAAAAAUUUCCGAUAAAACCAGAACCAGACUUUCAGUCCAAUCCAAGAUUCACGUUUGGUUCUUUUCACGAUACAGGAUUACCUUUGGUUCACGGCCAACAAAUACAGCAACAACGCAACAUCGAGAAUCUUGAGCAGACGCAGCAAAACGAUUUGCCUCUUCUCGUAGGAAAAUUACUUGGUGGUUAUAAUAGUUCAACUCCAAAUCACAGUCCGGUGUUGAAUCCUAGACACCAUUUGACAAAGCAUAGCCAUACAAGAUCGCAGGUGCCGUCACCGGACUCGGCGAUUCAUUCCGCAUACAGCGUAUUCAGUUCUCCAACGCAAAGUCCUCACGCAGCUCGCCAUUCCGCUCUAGGCACGGGAAGUCCAGUCCCGUCUUCGUCGCUGUCCUUGUCGCGACACAGUUUUAAUAAUUCCACCUCUUCGUUGUCGCUCUCGUUAUCACAUUCGCUCUCGAGAAACAAUUCGGAUGCCUCGAGCAGCUGCUACAGCUACGGCUCUCUUAGUCCACCCACGCACUCGCCCGUUCAACAACCGAGACAUCCGCAGCAUCAUCAGCAUCAAGUUGCUCAAGGAAGUCCACUCCAUCUACCAGCAACGGCCUCUCCCGUCAUUGCACAUCACUAUUCUUCCUCUGCACCGGGUUCAGAGCUAUCUCCAGAAGGACAUGCUGCUACAGACGAUCAGGAAGACUGCAGAAUACCUUCAGCACCGUCUGGAAUAUCCACGAGACAGCAAUUGAUUAACAGCCCGUGUCCAAUUUGUGGGGACAAGAUCAGCGGUUUUCAUUACGGGAUAUUCUCGUGCGAGUCGUGUAAGGGAUUUUUUAAACGCACCGUCCAGAAUCGAAAGAAUUAUGUGUGCCUUAGAGGCGCGGGCUGUCCAGUCACCGUCGCUACCAGGAAAAAAUGCCCCGCCUGUAGAUUUGACAAGUGCCUCAAUAUGGGUAUGAAGCUCGAGGCGAUCAGAGAGGAUCGCACCAGAGGUGGCAGAAGUACGUAUCAAUGUACGUAUACUCUUCCAGCAAGUCUUGUCGGUAGUCCCGCGAGUAACAUCGCCAACGAUAAAUCAACCACGGGGGGAAAUUGUAGUCCAGCUCCAGCUGGUAACGAACAUCACUAUCCGGCAAGGCACCACUCGAAUCACUCGCAUAAAAUGCAAGUGGUACCCCAACUUCUACAGGAUAUCAUGGAUGUAGAACAUUUAUGGCAUUACAAUGACAAUGAUCGCAUGACUGGGAUUCAAAAUGCAGGGAUGAAUCCGUCUAGAAACAACGAUACAAUGUUAUUAGGUGUCAGAAGUAGCGGAGGAUCUGGAAUAGAGAACGACACAGAUUCGAGUGUUGAGUGUUCCUCUAAUGGAACCACAGGAAAUGGCAAUCCCAGUAACAGAAGAGACGACAGAUCAUGCUCUAGUGUUUCAAAUGCUAGUAACGAACAAUGUGCUGCAUCCAUUAGUAGCAGUUCUCAAAUUAACAACACCAAUGGUAAUCCAACACAACAUCCUGAUUUCCUGUCAAACCUCUGCAACAUCGCUGACCACCGACUCUAUAAAAUAGUGAAAUGGUGCAAGAGUUUACCAUUAUUUAAGAACAUUUCAAUCGAUGAUCAAAUCUGUUUGUUAAUUAAUUCCUGGUGCGAGCUACUGCUCUUCUCAUGCUGUUUCCGCAGCAUGAGCACUCCAGGUGAAAUUAGAGUGUCUCUCGGCAAGUCGAUUACACUAGAACAAGCUAGGCAGCUUGGUUUGGCGACCUGCAUUGAGAGGAUGCUUGCAUUCACUAACAAUUUGAGAAGGCUCCGAGUAGAUCAAUACGAAUAUGUGGCAAUGAAGGUUAUAGUGCUGUUAACUUCUGACACAAGUGAACUAAAAGAACCUGAAAAAGUUAGAGCAUCUCAGGAAAAGGCUUUACAAGCCCUACAACAAUAUACUAUAGCAAGGUAUCCGGAAAUGCCUGCUAAGUUUGGUGAAUUAUUAUUGAGAAUUCCAGAUUUACAAAGAACAUGCCAGGCAGGAAAGGAAUUGUUAAGUGCGAAACGUGCUGAAGGAGAAGGCAGCUCAUUUAAUUUGUUGAUGGAAUUGUUGAGAGGAGAUCAUUGAAUUAUUAUCAUACUGAACAAUGCCAUUCCACGCUUAUAGAGUCCGCAAGCUUAAGGAAUCAGGUGUAUUAGAUAAUCAAGGAGCAGCAAAAAUGGAACUAUAAACAGAACUAUAAACAUUGCAAUCUACGGUACAUUAGUUGUGGGUGAAGGAACUACGCUCUUAUAGAAGUUGAUUAGUUGAUGCAUAAUGGAUGAAAAAUGUUUCUUUUUUCUACAUCUUUCUUUUUGUCUUUUUUUUUAUAAUUAAAAAUGCUAUCACGGAGGUGUUGCAUAAUGCAAUUCCACCUUGAAAAAUAUGAAUUUCGAAGCGGCCUAUGGCAUGCUCGAAAUAUCCAGCAUGCAUAUUAAUGCAAAAGAGACUGAAAGUAUAAUUGAAGGAGAGAGCAGAGCAUUUACUUUUACAAUAUCAAUGUACAGAGAUAGAGAUAGAGAGAGGGAGAGAGAGAGAGAGAGAGAGAGAGAAUGAGAGCAUGAGAGAGAGAGAGAGAGAGAGAGAGAGUGAAAGUUAUUAUCAAAUAGUAUAAAAAUGCUAAAUUUUAUUAGGUAGGUACAAUCUGUUCAAGUAAACGACAAAUACAGAGUUUUAACUUUGAUAAUUAUCAUAAUAAUAAUAAAACAACCAGUAUUUUGUAUCGUUCUGCGCUUACUUAAAAAUAAGACAUAGAGUAAUGUCUUAUGCCCCGGUAAUGAAAGUGUACUUAAAAUAUGAGUCGACCAAUUGUUUACUUAUAGAGCAGUUAAUCAUGUAAUAAUUAAUAGGUAAUAAUAUUUAGCUAACAUAUUAUCAACAGAACAUUAUGAUUUUUAUCCAUUAUACAAAUACAUUUUUUUAAUUCUCUGUAUGUUUUAACACAUACCAACGAUGGAAAGAUUUCGUAAAUAAACUUGAUACGUUUUUUUAAAUCGUGCGAAAUUUACAAUUUUUUUUUUUUGUAAAUAAAUUGUAUUUUGACGCGCACGUUUCCAAAUUAUAUAUUAUAUUCAAAGAAAUUUUUAUAAGAAUCACGUUUGUUUGUUAUUAAAAUUUUACGAUUAUUGUUUAGAAACUAAGACAGAUUAUAUUUGGUUUAUUAUAUUUAUGUAAAAAAUAUGUAUUUUUUAUCAUAACGAUACUAUAAUAUUAUCAGUGAUUAAAGAUUUCUAUCAAAAAUAAAUAUGAAAUUUGCAAUAUUCGAGAAACUUAAUUAUAUUCAUCAAAUACGUUAUCAAAACGGAAAGUUAAUUUGUUAUUCAUUUAAUAUUAUUGUUAGAAAAAAAGAUGUUAUAAAAAUAUAAUAGAAAAAUUGCGCUUUGAUUAUAAGCUGGUGCAAUUUCUUAUUUUAAAUAAAUAUGGGAUUUUUCUACAAAAAGAUCAGUUGUAAAAUGGACAAGGAAUACUCAUCUCUGUCGUUGGUAUUAUAAUGAGACUGUCAUAUCAACGCAUUAUUCUUUUUGUUAAUGCAGCAAUUAAGUUUCUUUUAAUUCACUGAUAAGAACAUUACAACUUGCAAUACUUAAUCCGUAAUGUAACUUGUAAGAAUCGUCUUCCCAUCUUUACAAUAGAUUUCCUUGUGUAAAAAUUGUAGAUUGAUCUGUUGUACACACAGUGUUCAUUAAAUAUGAUAAAAAUAAGACCUUUAUUAACAAAGAUAUAAGAAAAUUUUUUCAUAAAAUUUCAAAUUUGAAGUAUUUGAAUUGGUUUUAGUGGUGUAACAUUAAGUAAUAUAAUUGUUAAUUUAUUUUCAAUCAUUUUGAUAUCAAUUCUAACAUAUUAGUACAAGAAAGUUUUUAAAAUAUUGAGAUACUUAAUAACAUUGAUCUCUUAUUUAUUGACUUUAAUGAAACAUUUUGUGUAUGCAUAACGUUGUGUGCAUCGUGAAAAUGCAUUUUAUUUGUAAAUUUGGGUUUUCCCAUUAAGCAUCAAAUUCUCAUUGUACUUGUCAUUUGAAAAAUAUUAACACGCAUUCAGUUAAUACAUCCUCUUCAUGUUUCAAUAAUGAACAAUUUUUCAUAGUAAUUUCUUUUUCUAUAGAGGCCAAGUUUUCUAUUUCCAAGGAUCUUUUUAAGUAAUUUUUACCUAGUAUUGGAAUAAAAUUAACAAGAUUAAAAUAAAUAAAACUUGUAGCUGUAAAUGCACCGAUGAAAAUAUUUUAGUCUCUUAAUUUGUAAUAACCUGCUGAGAACAUAACUUUUGAAUACAUUGUUUUGGUAUUGCCAACUGUAAUUAUUUAAGAAAGAAGGAAAAAUGUGUAUUAUGUUGAAAAAUACAAACAGUUUUACAGUAAAGGAUGUACAUAUCAUUUAACUUAAAACGAAUUAUACAUAAUUAGAAAUUUUCCUGUUGAAAAAAGUAUUACUAGUACAUUAGUUAGUAAAGUGGAAGUUGGUGGAAAGCAAUUACUGAAAUAUUUGUGCCUUUGAUGAAAUUUAGUACUUUGAUCCCUAGAGCGUGAUGCGAGAUGGACACAAGAAGAAUAAAAUAAAAUUCAUCUUGUAAAAAUAAUACAAAUAUAUUAAAAUUAACAAAUUAAUUGUUUGAUUAAAACAAUUAACCGAUGGAGAACUUGAGCGUGCACAAAGUACGUUAUAUGCGUAUUUAGUAUGUACUAUGUUCAUUGCGUACGAUGAACCUACCUUGUAUUUUUCCUGCCUUUUAAAAUUAUUAUUACUACUUCCUUAUUUCCACCUUAUUAUUUGUAAUAACUUUUUACUUUCUUAAGAUAUUUUUAAGGGCAAACAAAUGAUCAGAUUGUUGUAAAAAAUCGGACAAAAACAGGCUGCAAAAAUAUAAUAAGAAAAACUCUUUAUAUUAAGACAGAAAGAUGGCUAUUUAAGCGCAAUUAGAGGGUAGAUUUAUACAUGCAAUAUACAACAUGUUUAUUACGAAAUGAAUAAAUUUGUAUAAUUCA